AUGAAGAAGAAAAAGAAGAGUUGGAGCAAACCUGUCGGGAGUCGGGACUUCUUCGGGAAAGAGACAAGAUUUCUUCAGGAGCUGCUCCAGUCUUGUUUAGGCAAAUGUAGGGUUUCGAUACAAACGGCAGCACAAACUGCCCGUGUGAAUCGUAACAUUUGGGUGGAGAAUGCAGAUCGUUUGGUUGCUGGUUUUCUUGAGAUGUUUGAAGAAGGUUGCCAUAAAAUGGGAACUGCCAUUAGAGAUCGAAUUCAAGAACAAAUAAUGGCAACGGGUAAUAUGAGAGGACUCGUAUAUGAAAAAGAAGGUGAUGACGACGUUGACUAUUAUUAUGAUGACAGUACUGAUGAAGAGUACUACGACAAUGAAGAUGAAGAAUAA